AUGCCUGUCGUUAAGAAAGAGAUCCCCGUUAAGGAGGAGGUCACCAUCAAGAAAGAGCCAUCUCCAGAGCUCGGAUACUAUGCCUUCUUUGACAACAACACCGGCAUCAAGGAGGAGGUCGCCAGUAAGGAGGAGGUAACCAUCAAGAAGGAGCCUUCCCCAGAGCCCGAAUACCACACCUUCAACGCCGGCCCCCCCACCAUCGAGGAGGAACCAACCACCCCCAUCAAGCGAGAGCCCUCCACCGACCGCGAAUCCUCCACCGACUCCGAGGCCAGCACCAUCAUCCUCCCGCCCACCGACAAGAAAUCCCGCUUCCCAUCCCCCGGCCCCUUCAAGAUCACCAAGACCUUGACCAAAACCAGAGUCACCUCAUACAAGAAUGACGAGCUGGUCGAGAGCAUCGAGAAGGACGGGUACGACGACUACAAAAUCGGUACCUUCCGAUUCAUCCAAACCCGCACUGUUCUUCGCAGGUAUCCAUGCGGCGCCGUCAUCGUCAAGAAACACGCGCGAUUUGCUAAGCUCACUCACUAUUAG